AUGUCGAAAGUCUCUGUCGCUGUUUUCGGUCUCAAUGGUGCUUUGGGCCAGCCAACCUUAGAAGCCAUCAAGAGCCCAGUGUUCGCAGAUAAGUUCCAGUUGCCAAUUUUGGCUGUAACUCGUGAUGCCUCCAAGUACACUUCAGAUGAGCAUGUCAAAUAUAUCACCGGUGACUACCUUUCCGGCAAGGAUGCUUUGGUGAAGGAAUUGAAUGGCGUCGACGCUAUUGUGGAGUUGCUCCACCCCGACCCAGCCUUGUUUGCUGCCGUUGAGGCCAUCGUCGGUGAGGUCAAGCCAAAGGUCUUCAUUCCUUCUCAGUUUGGAGUUGAAUUGGAGAAAGCUCGCGAGGUGUUUCCAGGAUUCUUGGCUCUUAAGAGUGACCACUCCGACAACGUGAGAAAAUCAGGCAUCAAGGUGGUAGACAUUUACACUUCCUUCUUCGCUCAGGGUCGCUGGUUGUAUGAAGUCGUGGGACAUGUUGGAGGAGACCUCGAGACCAAGACGGUGACCUACUUUGGCUCGCCAGACACGAAGGUGGCCUUCUCAAGUCUCACCGAUAUUGGCAGAUCCAUUGCUUCCCUUAUCACCAAACCUGCUUCGGAGCUUCCUGAUAAAGUGAGAAUCCAAUCUGGAGAAGUCAGUUUGGGCGAGAUUAUCAAGAGAUACGAGGAAACCCACGACAUCAAGUUCACCGAGAAGGUUGUUCCAUUGGACGAGGCAUUGGCUAAUGCUAAGGAAGUUUGGGCCAAGGGCUUCGACCCUUCCAAGUUCCUCUACUACUUGCAAGUGAUCUCAGCUUCUGGUGUUGACAAGGGAGCUUCCUUUUCGCAGAAUCAAGAUGAAUUGGUCAACCCUGGUGGUAGCUUGUGGACUUGGUCCAAGUUCUAG